AUGACAGCACCUGAAGGCCUGGAGCCUCCCCCCGACCUGAACAAGGCAGAUCCAGGAGCACACCAGCUGCCUGAGCCAGAAACAUCGGAUUCGGAGGACCAGUUCACGGAUGCGCACUCCGGCCCCAUCACUCCACGCAUCAAUUCCCCGAUACCGAGGACCCAAGUAGAAAAGGCAGGUGGUGGACCUCGCCACGUCGAGGUUCCUACCGCGGAGACGCAGGGAACGAGGGAGGCCGAAGCCCAGCCCGACGAAGUUGCAGCCCAGGAAGGCCCAGACGGCGCUGGGAUCCCGCUCGAUACGCCCAAGCAAGAGAUACCCAUCACAGUCUGGGAGUCUUUACAGUCACAGGAGAGCACAUCACUGGGACAAAGCCUCUCUUCGAACUCGGAUGCUGGACCCGACGUUGUGGUUGAGCUGCAGAAUGAGGAUAACGACGGCGGUCCCGAUGGUGGCGAAGUUGCGGCGGGCCCAGUGGAGCAGGAGAAUGACGACUUUGGAGACGACUUUGAUGAUUUCGAAGAAGGUGGGCAGGAUGAUGACUUUGACGACUUCGAGGGCGGCUUUCAGCAACCUCAACCGGUAACGACAGUCCCACAAGGCUCUCCAUCAGCCCAACUAUAUACGGUACCUUUUCCAGUACCGGAUUUCGACGGCCUUGGUCCCGAUGAAGUCCUGUCCGCGACAAAACCGUGCCUGGACCAUCUGUUUCCGCCCGAUGAGCUCGACCCCCCGCCUCCUCCGACACUCCACCAAGACGCGUCCGUUUUCUUGACGCCGCGAUCCGCGUCGCUGUGGUCUCAGCUCGUUGCGCCCCCGCCGUUGGCCCCUCCCGACUGGAUACGCUCUCGCACGCGGCGCCUUUUCCUGGUGUCCCUGGGCGUCCCCGUCGACCUGGAUGAGAUUCUCCCGGCCUCCAAGCAGAAGAAGCUGAUUCUCCCGUCGCUCAAGUUCCGGACCACGUCGUCGCCUAGAACGUCGAGCGACUCGAGAUCGGUGUCGCGGCUGCGGCAGGGCGAGGGAAACGCGUCGUCAACCUCGGUGGAUACGCAGGGCAGGCCGACGGGCUCAAAGUCGCGGAAGGGACCGCCGCCCGCGCCAGAGCUGGAUCUGGUGGCGGCACGGUACUUGUGCAUGACUACGGAUGAAGCCCUGGACGGCAUGACGGAUGACGAAUUAAGCCGGCACGUGGCCAAGCUGGAGGCGAUGCAAGGAACGGCCAACCAAGUCUUGGAAUACUGGCGGAAACGAACAGAUGAGAAGAUAGGCGACCGGGAGGCGUUUGAAGGCGUAAUAGAAAACCUAGUCAAGCACGCCCGUAAAGUGAGGAACUGCGUUUUCAAGUGCGCGCCCUAUGCCCUCGAUGUUGCUGCCAAAACGGCUUCUCUCAUCGCCCCAUGA